GAAGCAGGGGAGCGAAUGAAUGAGAAAAGAGACAGAGAAGGAGGGAGAGAGUGAGUACAGGCAGUGGAGAAAGAGAGAGGGAACAAGAGAAAGAGAGGGAGGGAAGGAAGGAGAGAGAGAGAGGGAACAAGAGAGAAAGCAGGAGGGAGGCAAGAGAGAGAGAGAGAGAGAGAGCGUUGUACUGAAGCAUCCAGCAUUUCAUUGCUGCGGGGUUCCUGCAAUCAAUCCAAACUCUCCACACCCCGAGAGAUCAGAGAGGGGAGCUCGGUGCGCUCGCUACCCAGGAUUAGACACCCUUCUCUGGGCUUCCCUCGCAGCGCACCUGCCUGGAUGAAUGGACGCACGGAGGCGUGGACGAUCGGGAGGAUACGUGCAGUGUUAGAGAAGAUGCUCUCUGUGCCUGAAUCUGGUUCUUGAGGACCUAGACCACGUGCUGCUGGACUGACGGAACCUUCUACGGACUUUCUCCGGUUCUGGACCACGGAGUCUGGAUUGACAUGGGUUUCUGUCGGAGGAGGGACUGAUGCUUGAUUGACGGGUCUGCUUGGCAUGUCACUGGUCGAGAGGGGCCAUGGAUGUAUGCUGAGAGGCGGGGCUUGUCCGGGAUGAGGCUCUCAUUGGCUGUGAGAAGACAAUCGGCCCCGCCCAGUGACACACCCCUCUCUGACCAUGCAGGUGCUCCAGAUCGUCAAGGAGCUGGUGUCGCCGUCACGGAGACGAGCCGCGGCCAGAUUCGGAGCUUCUGACACAGAGCAGGAUGCUGCAGCGAAGCUGGAACAGGAGCGGGCGGAGAUCGUGGCCAAAUAUGACAAGGGAAAGGAGGGAGCGACGGUGGAACCGUGGGAGGAUGCCAAUUUCCACCUGUACAAAGUCAUCGACCGCUUUGGCUUCCUGCAUGAGAAUGAACUGCCAUCAUACGACUCGGUGGAGGAGAAGCAAAAGCACCAGGAAGUCGAGAGGACCUCAAAAUGGCUCAAGAUGUUGAAGAGCUGGGACAAGUACAAGAACAGCGAUAAGCUGAUGCGGCGCAUCUAUAAAGGAAUUCCCCUGCAACUGCGUGGAGAGGUCUGGUGUCUGCUGCUCGACAUUCCCAAGAUCAAGGAGGAGAAGAAGGACUUCUAUGAGAAACUGAAACACAGGGCGCGGGGUUUGUCUCCGGACAUUCGGCAGAUUGACCUGGACGUCAACCGCACCUACAGAGACCACAUCAUGUUCAUGCACCGCUACGACGUCAAGCAACAAGCACUAUUUCAUGUCCUCACAGCCUACUCGAUUUAUAACACGGAGGUGGGCUACUGCCAGGGGAUGAGUCAGAUCACUGCUCUGCUGCUGAUCUAUAUGAAUGAGGAGGAUGCCUUCUGGGCACUGGUCAAGCUGCUGUCUGGACAGAAGCACUCCAUGCACGGAUUCUUUGUGCCUGGAUUUCCCAAGCUCAUGCGAUUUCAGGAACACCAUGACAGAAUACUUAAGAAGAUGAUGCCUAAACUGAAACAGCACCUGGAUACCCAAGAGGUGCAUACCAGUCUCUACACCAUGAAGUGGUUCUUUCAGUGCUUUCUGGACCGAACUCCUUUCACACUAACCCUACGGAUCUGGGACAUCUACAUCCUGGAGGGAGAACGAGUGCUAACCGCCAUGUCCUACACAGUCCUCAAGCUUCACAAGAAGCACCUGCUGAAGCUGCCCAUGGAGGACUUGGUGGAGUUCCUCCAGGUGGCGCUGUCUAAAGACUUCUUCUUCGAGGACGACUUUGUCAUCGAGCAGCUGCAGAACUCUAUGUCCGAGCUGCGCAGGGCUAAACUCGAGCUACCUCCCCCAGCUAAAGAGGAGGAGUUUCCCAAGAAGCCUCUGGGGCAGCUUCCUCCCGAGCCGCUGACCAAUCACGUGGCCAAUGGUCAGACGCCGGGCGGACAGGCCGUGGUGGACGGGCCGAUGACGGCGGCGCUGCGCGGGCCCAGCCUGGCCAAUCAGAGCCUGAGCGUGCCGGCGGAGGCGGGGCCAACCCCCAGCCCCUCCCCCGAUCGCCCGAAGGACGGCCGCCCGCCGAGCCGGACGCGGCGCGACUCCCUGGACAAGCUCCUGCGGCUCGCCAAGGCGGCCAGCGGCGGCGGGGACCGCAGCGGAGGAGGACGCAACCGCAGCUCGGGCGGCAGCAGCGACGUGGAGUCCCGCAAGCACCAGUCCUCGGGCCCCUCGCCUCCCAACGCCACCAGCACGCCGGACUGGGGCCCCCACAAGCCCCAGGGGCAGCAGCAGCAGCAGCAGGCGACGCCUCCGCACCACCACGCGUCCGCCAACCACAACUCCAACGCGGGGUCCAGCGCCCGCCACGAGCGGCCCGAGCGGCCCUACACCCCGCGCUGGGUCAAGCCCUCCGACUCCAAGCUGGAGGCGGCCAAGGCGGCGGCCAUGCGCGAGACCCACCACAGCCGCGCCGCCUCGCCCGCGCCCGCGCCCCCGCUCACCCCGACCACCCCCACCGCCGACCCCGCGGCUCUCGGCCAGGGCGCCUCGGGCCGCCGGCCGCGCUCUCACGGCUUCGCGCCGGGCUCCAACCGCGCGUCCAACGCCUCGCAGUACGACAACGUGCCGGGGCCCGACGGGCUGCCCGUCAUGGAGGUGCUGGAGCUGGAGCACCCGCCCUCGCGCCCGCCCCUGCGCCAGAGCCCCACGAGGCCCCCUAGUGGCGGCUUCAGCAGCAGCGCCCCCACGCGGCAGCCCAAGCCCAACAUGGCCGCCGCCGCCGUCCCUCUGCCCAUGCACGCGUCCAACUCCCGCGUCGGCCUUAGCGGCGGCGUCUCGUCGGCGCACCAGUCCCCGCACCACUUCUACCCCCCGCCCAGCGGAGGGCAGCACUCGCCGGCGCGCGUGCCCAUGGCGCCGCUCUACACCACCUUCGGCGUGGACGCCCGCUCGCCCGAGGAGCGUCCGGUCUACGGGCUGAGCUACGGCGAGCGGGCGGGGGGCUACGCCACCACGCAACGCCACCCGCACGGCGGCGGACUCUCACCCGAGAAAGUCCUGAUGAACAACAUGUACGCCACCUACCGACGCCAGCCCAACCCCUCCACCCACCACCUCCAACAACAACAACAACAACAGCAACAACAACAACACCCCCACACACAUCGCCCCCCCCUCUCUGUUGCCCCUCUGGACCUCAGCGCCCAUCUGGACACUAGUGUGGUCAGUGCGGGCAGUGGCGAUGGCGGACAUUUUGGCGGGCAAUACCUACCGCAGCGCCAGCACACAGCGUACCAGCCCGUGGAGUACCGCUACGAUGCCCGGAGGAGGGGGGGAGACGAGAGCGCCGCGUACCUGCCCGAGGUGAGGGGCGGCUGGGGAGUUCGGGAGGGCGAGAUGCCCCCCAAGUCCCCCGGAGGACUGCCCCGGUCGCCCAGCUUCCAGAAGGCGCAGAUGUCCCCUAUGCAGGAGUUCAUCUUCCCCCCUCUGCCGGGCGAGGACGCAGUACUGGGAAGCGUCUACAGGGGGGGCUACCACCACCAGCCCCAGAACCAGCACCAAGAACAGCUGCCGCCGGGCGCCGGCAGACAGCCACAGCUCCCCCAUCUGUUCGGAGGCGUACACUACAGCCACGCCGCGCAAGAGGCCUUCGCCAUGCAGGAGUCCAUGUUGCUAUGAGGGCCACGGAGAGACAGGGGAAUCAGAGAGCAGCGGCAGGAGAAGACAAGAAAGAAAGAAAGACUGGAAGGAGAGAAGAGAGAGAGGAAGAGAGGAGGAAAAGUAUUGACACUUGAAGUGCAAAACCUGAGAAAGCAGUAGAGCGACCUCGAAAAAGUGGCCAGGUGUUUUUUGUUGUACUGUUUUGGGGUUUGUUUGUUGUGAUGUUUUUGUUUGUUUGUUUGUUUGUUUGUUUGUGUGUGACAGACUGACUGUAAUACCUUCAGGAGCUGUGCAGUGGCAGAGGUCUGUAAGCCUCAGGCAUUUUUACUGAUAAACUCACAUUUGCGAGGAAAACAAAAUAUCUGACUGACUGAAAAGAUUUUUUUUUAUUUUGUUUUUGCUGUUUAAAUAAUCAUUAACCCAGAAUGUUAGCUAUCAAUCCUUGAGAUUUAAAAAAGUGUACAGCAUAUCUUUUUUCUCUCUUUUUUUGUUAAUAUGGCUGAGUUAUUUAAACUACUUUAUGAAUAUUGGUGGAGACUUCUCCUGGAAAGAAAAACAAAACUCAGUAUUUUUUGUUUUCUUUUAUUGGUUUCCUCUUCGGUCCAUCUUUAUUUUUUUAAAAAAUGAGUUAGAUUCUUGAGACAUAUAUUACCCUAGAGGUCAAUUUAUUCUAUUAUGCUUGUGAAUAUCAUAUUUUUGGAGAGAGAGAGAGAGACGAUUUAAGAGAAUAUAUGUUUGCAUUUAUAAGAAUCAUUGAAAGACAGCAGUGGAGGAGCAUCACUGCGUGUGUUUUCUUUUCCAAGCACCUCCACGAGAGCGAUCCCGUCAUAUUCCAUGUGAGGGAUUGGCUCUCGUCGUUGUUGUUGUUGUUGUUGUUGUUGUUUAUUGUUGUUAUUGUUCUUGUUGUUGUUCAUGAUGAUGAAUGCAGUAUAUGAAUCUAUUUUAUUUCCCCUGUGGGAGCCCUGUGCACCACCACGUCUCCACUCCAAAUGCCCAUUUCAACAACACACACACUCUCACACAUCUACAGACACAAACACGCAAACAAACACAAGCAGAAGCACACACACACACACACACACACACACACACACACAAAAGACUCCCACUCCCACACACACACACACACACACACACACACACACACACACACACACUCCACCCCAGGGGUCAAUCCUAGUUUAGCUUAAUUCCUGGCCUGUUCUCCGUCGUCACUCCAGCAUUCCUUUGGGAACAGGAUUUACUUUUGGGUGACGGAGCGUUUCUGUUGAGUUCCACUGACCAAAGGGACGUGUGUGUGUGUGUGUUCUCGAGUGUUUUCUACUCUCCAACAGAUUGAACGGAGACUGGACCUGGGUUGUCCUCCAUCUGAGCAAUAGUUUAGUGUCCUCUCUGUGUUUUACACACACACACACACACACACACAUACUACAGAUGUAUACAGAAGUGAAUGAUAGCAUUUGUUUUGGUGUGUGUUAGUGAGUGACGUUGAGUUGUGUGAAGACGAGUGAAGCACUGGACUUUUGUGAUUUUGCAGUUCAGCCCUGUCAUUCAAAUAUCUUGUCCUCUCUAUAAUUCACUUAAACAAACACACACACACACAUACACAUGCACGCCUCCACCCACACAAACAAACAUCGAGAGAGCGAGAGAUUCAGUGACUGUGUUGAAUGAGAAUUCCAUUCCAUUUCAUUCCACAUGUGUAUACAUUCCAUACACAUACAUACAUACACACACACACACACACACACACACACACACACACACACACACACACACACGCACACACUCCUUAAACUCACACUGUUGUCAAGUAUAUGCACCCUUUCAUUUCAGCCUGUCCAGGAUCUUAAUGGUGUACACAUUUUAUAUUGAUGCGAUGCUUUUUUUUGUCUUCAGUCAGUAUGAGUACAAUAGCAUUGGACAGUACAUUCAGACUCCUUUGCAUUUUGUUGUUAAAUUACUAAAAAAAAUGAAGAGGUUAUUGGAUCAUUCUUGAGACAAUUUUCUCUUUCUCUAAUAAACACUGCCUGGGGCAAAACUAUA